CGUGACCAUCACUGACGUAAGACGCGGUCAAUAAAUCUUAUAGGUCCAGGAAAAUUGUAGAACACCGGCGUGUGAGACUGGCGGACUGUGGCUCUGUCAGGCUUCCUUUGACUAUGGAAGAAAACUCUCUGGAUGGGGAUGAUGCUUAUGACCUUUUCAGUGGCUACGACAGCUACAGAGGGUGUAACAGUAGUGAUAGCAGCUCAGGGCUGGGUGAUUCAAGCUUUGAGGAGGAAGAGGGAGAAGCUUCAUCAUCGCUCCAGCCUGACUCCGGAACGGGAAAGGAAAGGGAUGAAAAUGGUUCGGAUCCUGCGAUUUGUGAGAUGUGUGGUGUUGUCGGUACACGCGGUGGUUUCUUCUCCAAAACCAAGAGAUUCUGCAGCGUCUCAUGCUCACGAAGCUACUCUUCCAACUCCAAGAAGGCCAGUAUCUUGGCCCGGCUUCAGGGCAAACCUCCUACUAAGAAAGCUAAAGUUCUGCACAAAGCGUCCUGGUCGGCUAAGAUUGGAGCAUUUCUUCAGGCGCAGAGCACUGGGCAGCUGUGUGAUACGGUGCCAAUGGCACAGGAAGCUAUUUGCUUCGGCUUUCAUUGGGGAAAAUACAUCUUAGAUGGAGGUUAUGAAGCUGCACCAGUCAGCUGCUUCAGACAUGUUCCUCUGUUUGAUCUGUGGGAAGAGAUUGUAGAGGGAAUUCAUGUAGAGACUCUGAAUACAGAUGCUGCGCUUCCAAGCCGUGUGUACUGGAUUGCCACCGUUCUGAAGAUAGCAGGUUACAAGGCUUUGCUACAAUAUGAAGGUUUUGACAAUGAUCCCAGCCACAACUUCUGGUGUAACCUCGGGACAGUGGACAUACAUCCAAUUGGCUGGUGUGCAGCGAAUGGCAAGAUCCUGGUGCCCCCUCAGACUAUUCACUCUAAGUACACAGACUGGCGCAAGUACCUAAUGGGACGGCUGGUUGGCUCGCACACUUUACCAGUGGAUUUCCAUAUUAAGAUGGUUGAGAGUCUGAAGUGCAGGUUCCGACAAGGCAUGCGGCUUGAGGUGGUAGAUAAAAUACAGGUGUCGUGCACCAGGUUAGCUGUGGUUGAUACCGUGUUUGGAGGGCGGCUUCGACUUUUGUACGAGGAUGGGGAGAGUGAGGAUGACUUCUGGUGUCACAUGACUAGCCCCAUUAUUCACCCUGUGGGCUGGUCUCAAAGAGUUGGCCACAACGUUAAGGCUACAGAGGAGAAACGUAAUGAUGUGUCCAACCCCUCCUGGCCCGCCAAGGUCUACUGCGAUCCUUUUCCGUACUUUUUCAAACAGGUUCGAAUUGCUUACCCCAAGGGAGAGUGGUUUGAACAAGGGAUGAAGCUGGAAGCUAUUGACCCGCUAAAUCUUGGCAACAUCUGUGUCGCUACAGUCUGUAAGGUGCUCCUGGAAGGUUUCCUCAUGGUGGGUAUGGACAGUGCCCCUGAGUCAGAAUGGUUCUGUUACCACGCGUCCUCUCACUCCAUCUUUCCAGCAGGCUUCUGUGAAAAGAAUAAGAUUGAGCUCACGCUGCCCAAAGCUUACACAAAGGACACUUUCUCUUGGGAAGCGUAUCUGAAGGAAACCAACUCCUACACUGCUCCUGUGAGGUUAUUUAACAAUGACUGCCCUAAUCAUGGCUUUAAACCUGGCAUGAAACUUGAGGCUGUGGAUUUAAUGGCGCCACGUCUGAUUUGUGUUGCUACUGUGAAGCGCGUGGUGCAGCGUCUGCUUCGCAUUCAUUUUGAUGGUUGGGAUGAUGAGUAUGAUCAGUGGGUGGACUGUGAAUCUCCUGAUAUCUACCCUGUUGGCUGGUGUGAGCUCACUGGGUACCAACUGCAGCCUCCCGCAGAAGAAGAACCCAUUGUGGAACCAAAGCCUAAGGAGGUCAAGAAAAAGAAAUCUAGGGUUUAUGGGAAGAGACGGAAAAAGGUUUGGCAUGGUAAAAAGCCCACGAAGAAGCACAGAGCUGCCAAAACUACAGAGUUUUCUGAGCCCACUAAAGUCCUCUCUGUCCAGAUAAAAGAGGAGGAAAUGGACCCACAGGACCUCAAAGAAUCCAUCACAGAGGAUGAAAGUAAUAAUGUCAAAGAGGAGGAGAAUGAGCUACACAUGUAGAUUAUUUUUUAGAAGAUAAAUCCUUGUGUAGAAGACCAAUUUCCUUAUGGUGUGAGCAUUGUGGGUCUAAACCAAAAUAUGGAUCAGAUGGGAUCUGUCUUCUAGGCAUGAGAUGGAGCAUACACUAUACCACGCAUCACUUUAAUUACACUGUCUCCUGAAGCACAGGCUUUUAAGUGGUUUGUUACCAUUGGUUUUGAUUGUCCUCCCUCUUUUUUUUUAUUCAUGGACAUGAUUGGGGCAGUGUGGUACCUAUGUCUGUGCUCUGGCUAUUGCAGUGAAGCGAUGGGGCUUUAGGCAGAAUGACUUCUCUUUGCUUCUCUUUUAUCUUGAACUUAAACCAACUUUGUGAGUGUCCCCUUUGUACAGACCCAGCUUUCUUGCUUUGUCCUAUUUGUGACAUAUAUGGUGUCACUGUUCUAAUUUCUGUUUCAUGAACUCAUAACACUAUACCACUUCUUCUAUUUGUAGUUAUUAGGGGCGCCCAUGUCUUUAGUUACAAGUAAAAUAAGAAAGAGCCCACUGUCUGCAUCCUGGAGACUCUUUUUAGGAAACUAAUGAAAGAUGUGAGCUGCUAGGGGUGUGCCAGUUGUUUACAUUCUGCCUCAUCACAAAAUCAUCGGUUAGACGCGGGGUCCAUAUGGUAACAAUGUUCCUUAGGUAAGAAUGCAUUAAAGGGAUCUGUCUUAUGUCUGUACCAUACUUCUCGUUUAAGCAUAAGUAAGCAGAUGUCCUGACAACCUGAUGUUAGAAGCUUGCAUAUAAAGCAUGGCUUCCUUUUUACACAGACAUGAAACUAGAUUAUCAGAAAUAACAGGAAUUGUAGGCUUACCCUUUGUGUGAACGUAGAGUUCUGAUCCUAUAAAUGCUAUUGUACAUAAGCACAGGCGGGUGGUUCUGUGUGCACGGGACUAGGAAUUCUGUAUCUUUGUUCUCUCUCAAUUGCUGCAUGGUCCUGGGGCAGAUGUAAAAGAUGCUGGGUAGACAUAGCUAUAACAGAGCGUUACAGAAGGUGCCUUGGUGCUUUCAUUUCAUUUGUAGGGAAGCCGACACCACUGGGGCAGAUGGUUUUUCUCUCACCUAACUCAUCACCUACAGUUUCAGCCUUAAUGUUCUCUUCCUGGACUAAGGGAUACAGGGAGGAGUCAUUUUGGUUUGAUUUCCCCUUUUUUAAGGAGUGGGAUCCACUACUUGCAAGGGACAAGACUAUAUAUCAUCAAAUCCCAACAGGAAAAGAAAGCCUUGUCUGAAAGCUCACAACACUCCUGCUAGCUGUAUGGGGCAGGGAUAUUUUUUAAGUACUUUAAUUGAAGUAAUUAGCCUUUAAGCAUAAAUUUAGGUAAAACGUAAACGAAGCACAUUCAAUCCCAUAAACAUACAAAUUCCCAGCCGAACAUGUAGAUAUCAUUAACCCUUCAAUUACCAGGAGGAACACAUUGUUAUUGUAUAGCACAUAGGACUUGACUGGAAUGUGACAAAUUCAGCUAAAUUCUGUAUUAAGAUUUCUUUUUCAGGCAGGUUCCCAAUGGUAAAUCCAACAACGUAUCAAAAUGUAAUAAAGAAACGUUUAAAAAAUCAUUAAAGAAUUAUUUUAAAAGCAUGUUUAACUGAAUGUUACCUGCUUUAAACUGCAGGUAUUUGUGUUCUUGAUUUGGAUUCUUUUCUGUUGAAUAAAGAUGUGCUGUAACCACA